UCCACGCAUGGGUGAACCCGGCUUCAGCAUCGUUAAGAUAGAAAGAUCGGUUGUCCGUUUGCGGGCACAAGUCAAAGCGGCAACAACAAGAACAUAUAUUGUCUUCAUUCGACUUGGUGCCGUCUCUUAUUUGGUUGCACUUUCUGUUAUUCCUGACGGUGCUUCUCCUGCACAAGAGUACAAUAGAUAAAGAGAGAGAGAUAGACUUCAUGCCGGCCGGACGGAUGACCAUGACAACAAGGAGGAGCCAACUGCUGGUGCUGGUAAUUGCCUCCAAGCUCCUCCUUCUCCUCAUCUUCCUACCGUCCGCUUCCUCCUCCAUCUUCCUCGAGCAGCAGCAGCAGAGCAACAAGAUCAUCACCCAUCUCCCUGGAUUCAAUGGCCCUCUCCCCUUCCAACUCCAGACAGGUUAUGUGGAGGUGGACGGGAUCAAUGGUGUUCGUCUCUUCUACUACUUCAUCCGGUCGGAGAGGAAGCCGGAGGAGGACCCUGUCAUCCUCUGGCUGACAGGUGGGCCUGGAUGCUCCGCCCUCUCCGGCCUUGUCUAUGAGAUCGGUCCUCUCAGUUUCGACAGUCAUGCCUACGUCGAUGGCAUUCCUAAAUUGCUAUACAGAGCAGACUCAUGGACAAAGGUGAGCAAUAUCAUCUUCCUGGAUUCCCCGGUAGGAACUGGCUUCUCUUAUUCCAAAACAGACCAAGGAUGCAAAUCAGGCGACACUACAGCUGUCAACCAAAUCGUCAUCUUCCUCAAAAAGUGGUUUGAUGAGCACCCAGAGUUCAUGUCAAAUCCUCUUUACAUUGCUGGUGAUUCCUACUCUGGUUUGCUUGUGCCAGCUAUCACCCUUGAAUUAGCUAAAGGAAUAGAAGAUGCCAGCGGACCACUUCUUAAUCUAAAGGGCUACCUUGUGGGCAAUCCAGUCACAGACAACAAUUUUGAUGAUCCAGCGAAAAUACCAUUUGCUCAUGGGAUGGGCCUCAUAUCCGACGAAAUAUACCAGGUGUACAAGGAGAGCUGCGGUGUGCAGGAAAACAGCCACCAACGCGAUAAAUGCACAAAUAGUCUUGAUGUCAUUGACAAGUGUGUCAAGGACAUAUGUACAAACCAUAUCCUGGAGCCCCUUUGCUCCUUUGCAAGCCCAAGGUAUCCAAACAAUCUGAGGCUGAAUUCAGGCGCAAGGCAGAUGCUCCAAGCAAUGUACACCGCAGAGGCCGGUCUACAAUUGUCUGAGAUUUCUACAGAGUGUAGAACGGCAGGAUAUACAAUGUCCCGAAUAUGGGCAAACAAUGACACAGUCAGAGAGGCUCUUGGUAUCGACAAGCGAACAGUUCCUUCAUGGAUAAGAUGCAACUACGGCAUACUGUACAACUACACCACCGAUAUCCGCAGCUCAGUGAAACACCACCUGGAUGUGAUCAGCAGAUCAGGCUACAGAAGCCUGGUUUACAGUGGUGAUCAUGACAUGAUCAUACCGUUCAUCGGCACGCAAGCGUGGAUCAGGUCUCUGAAUUUCUCUGUUGUGGAUGAGUGGAGACCAUGGUUUGUCGAUGCACAAGUUUCAGGAUAUACAAGGUCAUACUCGAAUAAUCUCACAUUCGCAACUGUGAAGGGCGGUGGGCAUACUUCUCCAGAGUUCAUGCCAAAGCAAUGCCUUGCUAUGUUCUCAAGGUGGGUUUCUGGUGACCCCCUUUGAAGCCUCAAGUCAAGUGCUGGUUAAUUACUCUUGUGCAUCAUGUUGCAAAUGCAUUGCAAUUAAUUGGUUUAAAUGUUACGAGUAACAAGGCUGUACCCAGAACAUACUGGCAACAGUUGUGAAAGCUCGGCAAGCUCAUAAUGCAAAUUAAUGUUCUCUUCAGUGUACCUGAAUAUCUGCUAGCUCUUUUUCGGGAAAGAAACAGGGUUCAAACAGUUUCUUCAGAAAAGAAAAACUUCAUCCAGAGACAAGAAGAUUUUUAUGUAAAUCUGAUAAACCAGUGGUUUUUAGUUUUGAGAACUGUAAUUCUUUA